GAAGAAAGGUUGUCAUCACUCAUUCAUCAUCCUCACUUUAUCUGAUAAAUUUAGCCUUUCUUAGCUACUAUCAUCAUCUAAAAUGUCAAACGAACCAAACAGGCUGAUAGUCGUAUCUAAUAGAUUACCUGUUACCGUUUCUAGAAGGUUUGACGGUGAAUAUGAUUUCAAGUUAUCCAGUGGUGGUCUGGUCUCCGCUCUAUCCGGUUUGAAAAAGCUUAUGGAUUUUACUUGGAUUGGCUGGCUAGGUAUUGAGAUACCCGAACAAGACAAACAACACGUCUCGGAUAGACUAAUGCAGGAGUAUUCUUGCAAACCUGUCUUCCUUCCAGAUGACAUUGGUGACAAAUACUACAAUGGUUUCAGCAAUGAAAUGCUUUGGCCACUAUUCCAUUACCAUCCCGGUGAAAUGAACUUCGACGAAUCGAAUUGGCACGCAUAUCGGGAAGCUAACGCUAUGUUUGCACGUGUUGUACAAUCGCUCGUCAGGAGUGGUGACAUGGUCUGGGUCCAAGACUACCAUCUUAUGCUCCUCCCAAUGAUGUUACGUGGCUUGAUCGAGAAGAGCAACGUUACAAAUGAUACGCAUAGGGAACUUAACAAGCUUCACAGAGGUUUAGAAACGAAUCCUCCAAACGUGGAAGAGAAACAUGGCGUUAAAAUUGGCUGGUUCCUACACACUCCCUUCCCUUCAUCGGAGAUUUAUAGAAUACUUCCAGUCAGACGUGAAAUUCUCCUUGGAGUCCUUCACUGUGAUCUAGUUGGUUUCCACACUUACGAUUACGCACGUCACUUCCUAAGUUCAUGUACCCGUAUCAUGGGUUUACCUGUGCUUCCAAAUGGCGUUCAAUACGGUGAUAGAUUUGUGCACUGUGGUACUUUCCCAAUCGGCAUUGAACCAUCACAAUUCAUUGAGACAUUAGCAAAACCCAACGUCGUUCAGAGGAUUGAGCAACUCAAAAAGCGUUUUGAAGGCGUAAAGAUUAUAUGUGGUGUUGACAGACUGGAUUAUAUAAAAGGAGUUCCACAGAAGUUGCAUGCACUCGAGGUUUUUUUACAUCAACACCCAGAGUGGAUCGGUAAAGUCGUUCUCGUUCAACUUGCCAUACCGAGCCGUGGAGGUGUAGAAGAAUACCAAACAUUGCGAGCGCGUGUCAAUGAACUUGUAGGUCGCGUUAACGGUCGAUUUGGUACAGUUGAAUUCAUGCCUAUUCACUUUAUGCACAAAUCGCUGACAUUCGAUGAACUCAAUGCUUUAUAUGCAAUCUCAGAUGCUUGUUUAGUUAGUAGCACACGUGAUGGUAUGAAUUUGGUCAGCUAUGAGUACAUUUCGACCCAGACUGAUAACCACGGUGUUAUGAUUCUUAGUGAAUUUGCAGGUGCUGCUCAGUCGUUCCAUGGUGCAUUAAUAGUUAACCCUUGGAAUAUCGCUGAAAUGGCUAAUGCAAUUCAUGAAGCUGUCACAAUGCCAGCUGAUGAACGGGAAGACAAGCAUAAAAAAUUGUUCAAGUAUGUCAGCAAAUACACAUCGUCAUUUUGGGGAUCAUCUUUCGUCAAUGAGCUCAAGCGCAUAAAGUUUUCGCAUGAAGUUCAAGACAAAGACAAUAAGGGUGUGUACGAUGAGAUCGUCCAAGCAUCCGAAAGACGCGUUAGCGUAGGAAAUCAAAGAUAUGCGGCUACAGAAUAUGGCAACAAAGUCUAGUUUUUAUUAUAUUUAUAACGAUUAUUUAUUUUAAUGUAUUAUCUUAUCUCAAUUUGUUACUACGAUGACGGC